AUGGAACUGAUGACCCCUGCGGGACCACGGCUGCCGCCUGAGAUGUGGGCGCACAUCUUCAGUUUCUUCAGCGCGCGCGACAUAGGCCGAUUGGCGCUGGUGUGCUCGGCGUGGCGCAUCACCAGCGAGAACGACGAGCUGUGGCGCCCCGGGUUCGCCGCCUCGGGUGGGCCUGACCGGGCGGCCUGGCUGGACUUGUGCUGCACCAGCAGCAGAAGGAGAGCAGCAGCAGCAGCGGCUCACGGUGAUCUCGGGGACAGGCCGUUAACUAAGAGCCUGUGGGGAGAGCUGGCCCCGGUGGAGGGCAACUGGGCCGGCGGGCUGUGCGACGUCACCGUGACUGGUAUGCCCCGAGGGAGGCCCGUAGAGUGCAUGGUCAUCGACGAGGCACACGGGCGCCUCAUCCUGGGAACAAAGGGAGGAUCGAUGGAACUGCUGGACCUACCAGGGAGCAGGACACAUGUGAACGACGACGACGACGACGAUGAAGACGAAGAGAACGAAGCCAAGCAACAUCGCGCUCGAGGAGCGAUGGUCCGGCGCUUGCGCUCGGCCCACAGCGGCCCUGUGCGGACCCUGCAGCUGUCGCCCGACGGUCUCCUCUUGGCGUCGGCAACCGCACGCGCGGCGCACCUGUGGGACGCCAAGGCGCUAGAGAGCCGGCCCGCGCUCAGUGGCGGCGGACCCAUCAUGGCGUUUGUGCCGCACAGCCCAUCUGCCUCAACCAACAUCCUUCUCUCUGCCAGCGCCUUUGGCACUACCAUGCGGGUCUGGGACGCCCAUGAUGCCAACUUGCUCCAUUCCCUAACUCCUCCGAACACCGAGCCUCUCAGCCUCGCGAUAGCCUCUGUCGCGAUCGAGCCCACCAUUGCUGCGGUGGGCUAUGCGAGUGGCGGCAUUUGUGUGUUCAGCCUGGAGACCGGCCAGCUCCUACAGCAGCUUCUAGCACACAAUGGCUAUGUGACCUGCAUGCAGCUUCAACCUGGUGUGCUGAUCUCAGGCUCAGGUAAGCCCGCGCAGAAGUUCGACGCCGGGCAUGUGAAUUCAAUCCUCUUGCACGGCCCCGACCAGGAGCAGAUCAUCAGCGGCAGCGACGAUCGCACGGUGAGGCUCUGGUCUCGUGCCCAGGGCAAGUGCAUCCAGACACUCGCCGACGACUCAGUCAUGAUCCACGCCAUGCAGAAGAAGCACUUUGCAACGCAACCUACAGCCAUUCUCACAGGUGAAGGACCUCACAUACGGCUCUGGAACCUGGACAGCCAAGGCCUGCGUCACCUCUGGUGCGAGUCCAGGCCAGGCACACAGGACAUCAGCUCGCUUGCCGCGACCACCCGUUUCAUCGCCGCCGCAACGUGGGAUGCGCGAGUUGCGCUGUAUGACUUCGAGGGAAGCAGCCAGUCAAUUCGGCCGAGAGAAGGCCACGGUUCCCACAGCAUUGCGGAGGGGCUGACAUCGGCCGAAAGAUGGCGUGGGCUCGAUCGAGUGUAG